AUGGCUACAAGGUCAAAGGUAGGUGUUUCCAGCAUCAUUUUUGUGGCACAAUUCACGUCAAUGGCGUUCCUCAUCAUCUGCUGUGUGACAGCGCCCGUUUUCAAGCAGAUAGGGCUCGCCAAGUCUGGUGACAUUGUGUUUGGGACUUUUGGAUACUGUGACGAGGGGCAUUGCUCGUCUGCAUCUGCUAACUACCAUCCAGAUGGACUAGCCACGGCGGAAAAUUGGAAGAUGGGCUCGUCAGCUCGUGAGAAAUUGGGCAGCAUCCUCAUCGUCAUGCCUGUCGCGGCGGGUUUAUCGUUUUUGGCGAUGAUGAUGAAUUUUGUGCAACACUUUGGUCGUAUUAGCUUUUCUGGCGCGGCCUUUGUCAUAAACCUUCUGCUCACACUUGCGGCAUUUGCCUCGUCUGCUUUAAUGUGUGUUGUAACUUUUUUGUUGUUUUACCCCAAAGUUACAUGGUGUUCCUGGCUCCUGGUUCCAGCGGCUGCUCUGAAUGUUAUCUGCGUACCUCUAACCUACGUCGUCCACUCAUUGUCCCCAUCAUCUGAAGAGGAUGACUUUGACUCAAAAGAAAACUCCCUUUUCGGGACGAAUGUUACACGGUUGGAUCACGAUGCUAUGGAUGAUCGGUACAGUAUGGAUGAAUACAACGAAAGUUAUAAAAACGGAAAUUCUGACAAGGCGGUUUAUCCUGAACUGUACAAGGGACCACAAAUUGCCACCUCCACCACCUUAAAUUCCGGUACAACAGGCUCGCGCUCUGAUAGGGAUGCAUUUGUUCGUGAAAACCAGAAUGUCAACGAGGAAAAGCGAGCAUUGAAAACCACAAUCGGACGUCCAACCAAUGCAGAGUCUCCUGGAGAUUUUCCGUUCGAAAAUAACUCGAAAGAAAUGCGACCUUAUUCUGCAAUUACGGACUCCCCAUUAGACCAAAGGACUAAUAGAGAGGAUAGUGUGCGUGACGCAAUGGGCGCACCACCUCUUGCGUACCGGGGUCCUUCAGCCACAUCCUCUUUCUAUUCGCAACCUGGUGUGUCACGUCAGGGAACUUUAACAACCACAGAUUUAAGACCAACGUCCGCACUUGAAGUUCAUGAGGAAAUUCAAAAGAGACCGGGACCUGACGAGUUACAGAACAUAAUCAGUGGGGCUAUACGGGAAGAAGAUGAUGAGGAGUUCAUCAAACAACAAACUAUUGACCCAAGUGAACGGCCAACGUUAGACGAGGAUGACGGUAUCAAAGACGACGACUCUGAUUUCACGUCAGUUUCGCAGCGUGGUAUUAAUCCAAACUAUAUGCACUACAUGCCAGGACUGAGACCUGCUUACCAGCCUUCUCAAAUGGGUGGAAGACCAGUAUUGAGAAACCCUGCUGCUCAGCCGACCGUUUCUCGUGGUGACCCAUCGGAACAUCCCCAUCAUGGCGUUCCUAUGCAGGUCCAGAAACAAUAUGGCGCUCACCCCAAUGGAAUAGGCUCGCACACAAUGUACCCGCCGUAUCCCUUGCAGCCCAGUGGACAAGGGAUAAAUGGUCCUCAAUCAAAUAGAUCCUAUCGUCCCACACAAAAUAUGAGACGUACUUCAGACACUAUAUUGAAUGCAAGCCCGGAGUUCAUGAUGUCAAGCGCUCCUCCGUCGAGAGCAAUGGGGGCAAGAAAUCACCAACAAGGUGCGUUAAUUCCUCCCCCACAGACGGCGUCUACCCCAAUUUACAGACCUGCUUACAAAAAGCGUCUUCCGAAACAAAAUAUACCUGCCGCCUCAAUGGCAAAAGACAGUCCGUAUGGAGGGCUGUAG